AUGACGGAAGAGAAAUGUUUCUGCGGGAAGGAGGCUCACCAGCGCUGUUCCGGAUGCCAGGCCGUCUUCUACUGCUCCAGGGAUCACCAGAAAAGCGAUUGGAAGAAGCACCGAUCCCAUUGCAAGGCCUACCGCAUCGAGCAGACGCUCACUGUUGGACGGCAUUUGAUCGCCUGUCGGGACCUCAAAGCUGGCGAUGUCAUCCUACAAGAGAAACCCAUUGUUAUGGGACCCAAGCACACGGCCGGACAAAUCUGCCUCGGAUGCUAUUCCGGCGUCGACGGGCGGACAAGAUGCUCCCAGUGCGGCUGGCCCAUGUGCGGACGCGAUGAUUGCCACGCUCACGAGUCGGAUCACGCGGCCGAGUGCGGAGUGAUGGCGUCGGGUGGACGACCCAUCGUCGGCAGCCUUCCGGUUCAAGCCUACCAAAGCGUCAUGGUGUUGCGCUGCCUGGCGCUGCGGGAUCAGAAUCCGGAACGGUGGGAGGAGCUGAUGCAGUUGGAGGCUCACGUUCAAGAGCGACGCCAAAAAGGAAUGGAGGACGUGGAUCAAGCCACGGCGGUCCGAUUCAUCCGCGAAACGCUGGGACUCCAAAUCCCGGAAGAGCUGAUCCUACAACUAUGCGGAAUUGUAAUGGUCAACAGCUUCGAACAGCCGCCGAUGAAAGGCAAUUCUCAACACGGAUUGGUGGCCGUCUACUCGACGGCCAGUUUGCUGGAACACGAUUGCGUGGCCAACGCCAUCAAAACCUUCACCAACAAGGGGGAUAUUGUCAUCCGGGCGGCUGUGGGAAUACCUAAAGGAGAGAAAAUAGCACUAUGUUACACGGAGCCGCUAUGGGGAACGAUGAACCGUCAGCGUCACCUUUCGCAAACGAAAUUCUUCCAGUGCGUCUGCGAACGCUGUAAAGAUCCGACUGAGCUGGAUACGUUCACUUCUGGUUUUUAUUGCCAGAAAUGUCCGCAGCAAUCGGCGGGAAUCCUUUUGACAGAAAACCCGCUGGAUGAUGCCAGUGACUGGAUCUGUCGGCAAUGCGGCGCUCGCCAACCGGCCAACUAUGCGGCCGAAAUUAUAGAAAGUGUCGGCAAGGAGAUUGUGGCUUUGAAAAAAGGAUCGGUUAAGGAUUGCGAGGGAUUCUUGCGCAAGUUCUCCAAAGUUCUUCAUCCGAAUCACUUUUACUUGACCGAUGUUAAAAUGGCGCUCUGUCAAAUGUACGGACACCUGGAAGGGCAGAGUCUGAUUGAAAUGAACGACGACACGCUCAACGCCAAAGAAGCUCUGGCUUUAGAACUUUUGAAAGUAGCCGACGCUGUUUCACCAGGGAUGACCCGUUUGAGAGCCAUUUUACUGUAUGAGCUGCAAGCUGUGUUAUCUGUUCGUUGUCGUAAGCUCUGUCUCACUCAAAGUAUUUCAAAGGAAGAACUGCAAGCCAAUGUUAAAGUGGUCCGGAAAAUGCUGCAAGAGUCAUCGACGAUCUUCUCGUGGGAGCCGGAAGAGACGGAUGAAGGUCGAUUAGCCAUCAUUUCCAGCAAGGAACUGAAGGAUGUUGAACUGUUUCUAAAAACCCUUGAUUAGAAUAUGAAUUGGAAAAAGCUAUCAAAAUUCUUUUCUUACCCUGAUCCACGAUAUAAGAAAUAAAUUAGAUUAGUAUGGUAUACAUAUUAAAAAAUUUGAAGUCCAAUAAAUUAUCAGAAAAAUUUUCAGAAA